GGAGCUCCUGCCCCCAUGGCAUCCGUGACCCAGCAGCAGAUCCAGAAGUUCCACAAGGAUGGUUUCCUUGUCCUGGAGCAGUUUUUCAGCGCAGAGGAGUGUGACAGCAUGAGGAGGCAGAUCCAGAGGAUCGUGGCGGAGAUGGAAGUGCCCCCUCACUGCCGCACCGCCUUCUCCACCAGGCAGGAGGAGCAGCUCCAGCAGCAGGGUAGCUCGGAUUAUUUCCUAACCAGUGGAGACAAGAUUAGAUUCUUCUUUGAGAAAGGUGUUCUGGAUGAGAAAGGUAACUUUCUAGUUCCAAAGGAGAAGUCUGUCAGCAAGAUUGGCCAUGCUCUACAUGCUUGUGAUCCUGUCUUCAAGCAAAUCACCCACUCCCCCAAGGUGCAGGAACUGGGAAGAAAACUAGGCCUUGAGAGACCAGUAGUUGUGCAGAGCAUGUAUAUCUUCAAGCAACCUGGCAUUGGUGGUGAAGUGACACCACACCAGGAUGCCAGUUUCCUGCACACUGAGCCCCUGGGCAGGAUCCUGGGGUUCUGGAUUGCCCUGGAAGAUGCCACACAGGAGAAUGGCUGCUUGUGGUUCAUCCCUGGCUCUCACACCAAUGGGAUUACCAGGAGGAUGGUCCGUGCAGCUUCAGGUGCCUCAACGUGUGUGGAGUUUGUAGGCUCAGAGCCAGCCUAUGAUGACAAGCAGUUCAUACCUCUGCCCAUAAAUAAAGGUGGACUCAUCCUCAUCCAUGGGGAGGUUGUCCAUAAGAGUGAACUCAACAGCUCGGAGUCUUCUCGCCACGUGUUCACCUUCCACGUGAUGGAAGCCAAGGGCACCACCUGGAGCAAGGAGAACUGGCUCCAGCCAACUCCUGAACUGCCUUUUCCAUCACUCUACACUUGAAGUUAGUGACUGGCUUGUGGAGUCAACAGCUGAUCAAUAUUCCUUUCUGAUUGUUCAUUCAAGGUCUCUUUAAAAACAACCUUCACUAGAUCAGCUCUCAAUGUUAAUUUAUCCUCCUCCUCAAAACCAGGACCAUCAUAACAGCCCAAAACUGCACAGACAGAAGCUUCUACUGCAGCAGGAGGCCUGACAGUGUGAGAGUAGUCACCCAGUCAGUUUGGUAAGGAAACACCUUCAGUCUUGAAAACAAACCAGUUAAGACCAUUGCACCUUGACUGG